UCAUAUCGCUUCCUCUUUCUCACAUCGAGCUCAGUGCUAUAGCGGACCCCGCGCGCAACAGUCUCCUCAUGUUAUGCAGCUUUACGCGAGUAUCCCGUUGAGUUUGGAGUCGCUCUCCGUGAAUCAUGUCUUUGCACUCGCGUUGCUUGUGUGUUUGGCGAUAGUGGUUAAAUUAUUGGUUAUGAGGAGAAGAGGGAUGUGUACACUGGAUGUGUACACUGCACACUGGCUCAUCGGACACGUCAAGGAGUUUCGCCAGGAUGGACAUGAUUUGGAAAAGAUUAUGAAGUGGAGUGGACAGUAUCCCUUUGCCUUUCCGCUGUGGUUUGGCCCAUCAUUGUCCAUUCUGAACAUCCACCACCCAUCAUAUGUGAAGACCCUUCUCACCACUACAGAACCAAAAGAUGAUUAUGCAUACAAGUUUUUCAUCCCUUGGUUAGGCGAUGGCUUGCUUGUGUCUACUGGACAGAAGUGGUUUCGGCACAGACGGCUUCUCACUCCUGGUUUCCAUUAUGAUGUUCUGAAGCCUUAUGUGAAACUUGUUUCUGAUUCAACCAAAGUCAUGCUUGGUAAGUGGGAAGUUUAUGCCAAAUCAGGAGAGUCGUUUGAACUGUUUCAGCAUGUAAGUCUGAUGACGCUGGACAGCAUCAUGAAAUGUGCGUUCAGCUUUAACAGCAACUGUCAGACAGACAGUGGAACCAACCCGUACAUCCAGGCGGUGUAUGAUCUCUGCCACAUGGUGAACGUCAGGUUCAGAGUGUUUCCUUACCACAGCAAGGCCAUAUUUCAUCUCAGUCCACAUGGAUACAAAUUCAGGAAGGCGGCCAGAAUAGCACACAAUCAUACAGCGGAAGUUAUCAGAAAGAGGAAAGAAGUCUUGAAGAUUGAGAAGGAGCAGGGCAUUGUUAAAAACAAACGAUAUUUGGACUUUUUGGAUAUUCUUCUGUCUGCCCGAGAUGAGCAUCAGCAGGGUUUGUCGGAUGAAGAUAUCAGGGCUGAAGUGGACACAUUCAUGUUUGAAGGCCAUGACACCACAGCCAGUGGAAUAUCUUGGAUUUUCUACAAUCUGGCAUGUAACCCUGAGCACCAGGAGAAAUGCAGAGAGGAGAUUCUGCAGGUUCUGGAUGGAAAAGACACAGUGGACUGGGAAGACCUCAAUAAAAUUCCUUAUACCACAAUGUGCAUUAAAGAAUCCCUGCGGCUUUGCCCUCCUGUCCCGGGAAUAUCACGAAAGUUGACUAAACCCUUGACCUUCUUUGAUGGACGGACUGUACCCGAAGGUUGUACCAUUGGAGUUAGCAUUUAUGGGAUCCACAUGAAUGCCUCAGUGUGGGAGAAUCCAUAUGUGUUUGAUCCGUUGAGGUUUCUGCCGGAGAAUGUUGCUGAGAGGUCACCGCAUGCUUUUGUGCCCUUCUCUGCGGGACCCAGAAACUGCAUCGGACAGAACUUUGCCAUGAAUGAGAUGAAAGUCACCGUGGCGCUGACACUGAAGAAAUACCGGCUGAUUAAAGACCCCCAGCACACCCCGAAGAUGAUCCCUCAAGUCGUGCUCAGAUCACUCAAUGGAAUUCACAUCAAGAUCAAGCCAGUAGAAAAGGAUUCAUGAUCAGCCAGUGGGUACAUUGAGCCUGUUUGACAUGCUGCUAGGAGGGUUCAAUGCAUUUUUGGAAGAGUGUAUGAAGCCCCUCUGCUGGACCCUUCAGGCAUCAACAGCUUUCAAGGAUUAAAGCCAGCGUGUCUUCAGCAAGGGUCCUUAUUGAAGGAUAGAAGCACUUACUGGCCAUGUCUUUGAGAUUAAACCUUUAAAUGAAGUAUGACAAAAUGUAUGAUACAAUAAAAUUCCUGGACAAGAAAACUUUACAUCUGAAUA